AGCUUCGUUUCAAUCCAAAGUCCAAACAACAUCCAAAUGUUGUAUUUGUGUGUGGUACGCUAGCUCACUGUAACGUAUUCGUCAGUGACUGGUUACUUUCUCGGGACAGUCGGAGUGGUGAUGGUCGAUUUCACCGGCUGCCAUAUUGUUCGGAUGAGUCGUGGUUAGACGGGAGGGGGCACACACAGAAUAAUGUCAGUUACAUUUAGUGACCCGAAUUAACUAGCUGUUGUGUUAAAGCCUCAACAAAAGGGACAAAACGUUGCAAGUAUAAGCGAGUUAACGUGGGAAGCCAGACUGCUGGUUAAUGUGUGUUUAUUCAAAUGUUAAGCUAUCUGGCUGAUACGAUAGCUAGUUAGCUAGCUAAGUUAGCUUACGGUAACUAGUAGCUAGCUAACUUAGCGGAAGGUUACACCGAAACGUGACUGAGUCGUUCAGCUUCAGCGAAGCGAUGACGCUAACAUUAGCUAGGUACCGCGCGAUAAGAAAGUCCAUGUACGCUUGCAAGUGCAUUGUAGCAAGGUACUAUAUAGAUAAUGUUGUCACACAGGCAACAAGGUAGGUGCUAACGUUAGCUAGCUUACGAUAAGGUUAUUUUGGUUAAGUAACACGGUACAGCAGUCUGUCCUGCUUGCCCUCGGUUUCGGAUUGGACCAAUUUGUUUUCAUCUGCCAAGCUGAGGAUUCUCAAACCCGACCUACUGUCAAGUUGUCACACGAAGGCGAGAGGAUGAAGCGUCUCUGCGUAUGCUGAUGUCUAUGAACAACUGGUCCAACUGGUCCUCAAGCUACAGAGACCAGCCUACAACAUGACAUUGGCUGCAUUCCAGAUGACGCACAUUCUGAGCAGGUUAUAAUCUCAGCAGCUGGCUGGAGAAAGUGUGACAUCAUCGCCCGGUGCUCUUCGCCGAGGAGCCGGGAUCUGACUGGUCCGUUUUUGGGGGUUGUGGCUGGCGGGCUGGCUCCUCCCCCUCCCGGCGGCAGCGUGCGCUCCCAGCCGCCCCCCUGCGCCCCCUGCUCGCCCGGCCUGCGCGCCCGAGCCCAUGCCCCCGCCACUCCUGUCCGGCCCCCCAGCACCAUGUGCCUCCCCCACACCAUGGAAGCGGUGGCCGCAGCGGGGAAGCACGGAGCGGGCCUGGGCCAGGGGGGCGGCAGGUGCGGCGGGGUGCCCCUGGAACCCUUUGUGCACCAGGUGGGCGGGCACACGAGCAUGAUGCGCUACGACGACCACACGGUCUGCAAGCCGCUCAUCGCCCGGGAGCAGCGGUUCUACGAGUCCCUGCCGCCCGAGAUGAAGGAGUUCACGCCCGAAUACAAAGGCAUGGUUCUGGUGUGUUUUGAGGGGGACAUGGAUGGCUACAUUAACCUGGUGGCAUACCCAUACUUUGAGAGCGAAGGCCUGGAUCACGAGGAUCUGCCGGAGAGGGACCAGCCUCGGAGAAAACACUCCCGGCGCAGCCUUCAUCGCUCCACCAGUGAGAUCAAGGAGGAUUGGAUACCACAUGAGAGUGACAGCUUGGAGAAUCUCCAAGAGUUAAAGAGUCCUCGCCUGGAGCUCCAGAUCCACUGUGACGUUCCCUUCCAGAUGCUGGAUGGGAACAGCGGCCUGGGUUCAGAGAAGAUCAGCCACAACCCCUGGAGCCUCCGCUGCCACAGACAGCAGCUCAACCGCAUGCGGUCUGAGUCCAAGGACAGGAAACUCUACAAGUUCCUGCUUCUGGAGAACGUGGUUCACCACUUCAGCUACCCCUGCAUCCUGGACCUGAAGAUGGGUACACGGCAGCACGGGGACGACGCCUCCGAGGAGAAGGCUGCCCGGCAGAUGAAGAAGUGUGAACAGAGCACCUCGGCCACCCUGGGGGUACGGGUCUGUGGGAUGCAGGUGUACCAGAUGGACACGGGCCACUAUCUGUGCAGGAACAAGUACUACGGCCGGGGGCUUUCCGCCGACGGCUUCCGCCAGGCCCUCUACCAGUACAUGCACAAUGGGACCUCGCUCAGGACGGACCUGUUCGAGCCCAUGCUGCGCAAACUGAGGAGCCUGAAGACGGUUCUGGAGAGGCAGACCACCUACCGCUUCUACUCGUCCUCUCUGCUGAUCAUCUACGAGGGCAAGGAGCCCGAGACGGCGGACGUCUGGCAGACACCAGCUGAAACCGGGCCACAGGACCCGCAGGACACCCACCAGCGGAACCUCCCGCAGGCCCCGGCCCAGCCCCACGGAGCCCAGAUGCCAGCGGCACCGCCGCCGGACGCCAGGGUGCCGUCGGAGGAGGAGGAGGCAGCGCUGGCUGUCAACAAGGGGGUGGGGUCCGGAGGAGGUGUGGGUGUCCAAGGACUGGGGUCUGGAGUGGGGCUUCAACGGGGCGUCCAGGGACCAAAAGAUUCCCCCCUCCAGGUACCCGUGGCCCCUCCACCGCCCCCAGACUGCCCCACUGCCCCGGGGCCGACCCCUAACCCCUCACAGCCCCACACGGAGCUCCCCCGGUCCCCUCUGGCCCCGGAACCCCACCACCCCCCCCCUCAGCCACGCCCCUCCAGCCCCGGGGUCGCCGUGGACGUACGCAUGAUAGACUUUGCCCACAGCACCUUCAAAGGUUUCCGUGACGACCAGACGGUGCACGACGGGCCGGACCGGGGCUACGUGUUCGGACUGGAGAGCCUCGUGACGAUCCUGGAGAGCCUGAGAGAGGAACACCUGUAGCGGCCCAGCCUGGGGUCCACACACUGACCCCAAAUGGCCCCCUCUCCUCUAAGUAGUGCACUCCGCUGGGAUGACACUGUAGGGAAUGUAGGGUAGUGUGUAGGGGGCCGGGGGACACUUGGGACCGGUGACCGUCGCCCUGGUGAGGAGACCUGGUGGCUGUAACCUCUAACGGACACUUCUGAAUCCUCCCUCUUCAGAUCUCUACAACCCACCACCCUGUCCUUGAUGAUUAUGUUUUGAAGAAAAACCAGAAAACAGGAGAGAAAAACAGAUGUUUCAGAGAAAGAAAGAGAAGCACAUAAUUAAUACGGAGUGGGGACUGAUGGACUGGUGGCAGCGUUGUCUCAAAGCUACUCUCUGUCUCACUAUAAAAAGGGUAAAUGUCGUGACCUUAGCCUUGUGAAGGUCACUCCUCUCCGUCUUGUGCUUCUCCUAGACUAGUGACGUGGAAAACACAGCAGGGAGCGUCUCCAUCCCUGUUUGUCCUUCCCAUCUCCAUCCCUGUUUAUCCUUCCCAUCUCUUGGACAGAAGUGGCUGCCUUGACUCUUGGGCAAUGUCUGUCCGCCUUGUGGGUCUGCCACCGUGUGGCCAACUGAAGUAUUGCAUUGAAGAACAGCACCGGAUGAAGUCAGGGUUUUGUUUGAAGCUGAAGCAGCCACUGCUCAGGGCAAGUCCAGGGCAAUUUUUGGAAAACAUGCCAGGUCUCCGCAGUGAGAUUGGCAUGAGAAAGGGGUGUGUGUCCGUCUGUUUGUGUGUGUGUUUAAGGAAUGUUAGGGACCGCGGGUGGGGUUAGGUAAAAGGGUGGGUGGUCUUGCUAAGUCCCUAACAGAAGUAUUCCUAUCAGGGUAGGGCUGCAGCAUUCUGGGAACUUUCAGGACAUAUCCUGGAUUUUACCAAAAUCCCGGAUAGGGAAUUCCCAGCUAUCAGAAGGGAGAGAACAGGAUAUACAGAAUUCUUCAGCCAUGACACCAAAAUAUAUCGGGGAAUUGCUGAAAGUUUUCAGGAUUUUUCAGCCCCCCCCAAAGCUUUGCUUUGAUUUUGAUGUUUGUUUUGAGAGCUUUACUGUGACAGAAAGAAGCCAAAGGGUUAGUACCUGGCUCUUCCUCUUGAUGAGAGGUUGAAAAAGAAAACCAAAUGUACAUCCAUAAUGGCACCCGAUUCCCUAGUUAAUGCACUUGUCUGGACCAGAACAUGGUACCCACUUGGCCCACUGGGACUGCACCAGAUGGAGAAUAGAGUGCUGUUUCAGAAGCAGCCCGAGGGUCCGGCUGUAAAGAUGGCACGGUUCAGUCUCUCUCUAUAUGCACGCGGUCUUCUAACUUGGAAACAGGUCAGUUUCAUUGUGUUGCUUUUUAUAUUAGCCUCUCCUCACUUCCAGUAUAGCCACCUGACCGUUUAGUUUGUCAUCCGUUUAUUAUUCCUGGAUUUUCGUUGCCUAUUUCUGCUGAUCCCACCCUGCCUUGGCCAGUGUGUCUGGUUAUUUAGGCGUGUCCCAGCCUGGACUGCCAACAGAACAGUUUAUACAGUCAUCCUCCACUCCAGACUCCUUGGAGACCCUUUGUCCUCAUGUCAAAAAAUACGCCUUUUUCUCUUGUUUUAUCACCCUGAAAAGAUAAAAUAUAUUUCCUUUUUAAUUUGCACUGUAUUUAAAGCGUCGAAAGCAUGAUAUUAUUUUAUAUAUUGUAGCUAAUUAUUUUCUUUUAGGGUGUUAAAUCACAUCAAGGGGUGGAACUAAACGGCUCUCCAGAUCUUUGUUCAACUCAGAUUUGCAGUCAUCAUAUUGGGCCUGCCUGGCACAAUUCAGCAAAUGGAGUAGUCGCUGUGAUGCAAGCCUCUUCCAUGAUCCGGCACUCUGGGAACGCGGGUCACAGCAAAGGCUCAAAGGGUUUGAAAUAUUUCAAAUGGCAUUUGAACCUCGGUCUGCUCCUCUCUCUCACCACCGACUCACACACACACACACACACACACACGGUGAGCCCCUGUCCGCCAUCUUGGCACGUGUAGCAGAACAAUAGAAGACUCUCCACUCAUUCACCACUCUCCCCCUUCUCCUUUCCCCACUGCGCCCUCCCCCUGUUGCCCCACAGCCCAGUCACCGUGGACGGAGAGAGUCUCAGUAAGUCUAGUGUCACUCAGUUGAUUAGGAUGUCUCUCUGUGUGUGAUUGAAGUAUGUUCCACUGUCGCCAUUAAAUCACUUUGCUGAGUUCAUGUGGAUUAUUUUUCCCCUCCUCUGCUGACAUGAUGCGGGUCUGGUCCCAGUUUAAUAUAUCUGACAUGAUUCCAAGAAUCGGUAAUUUAAUCAGUGUCAUAUCCGGAAUCUUACGACCAGGAUUUCUGGAAAUGCCAGGGCUGUGUGUGUACUCUACCCGAACACUGCAAACCUUAAUCUGCAACUACUGGCACUACGGUUCUAUGGUCUUUAGAUCUAUGCUCCGCUAAUAUACACAAAUGACGUGACCAGAACUGUUGAAAUGUUUCCUAGGUCAGGUCACCCAUAUAUUGGAUGAAAGCAAUCAAUGUUGGAAUUUAAACUGUUGAACUACUGGCUCUGUUGGUGUAGAGAUGUCUCUCAUCUACACGCAUCUUGAUUCUAUUCUGAUUUUAGAAUUGAUUAUUUCUGUGCUUCUAGUUCUAGAUAUUUGGCAAAAUCAAGGAGAAAAUAGUCUCAAGGAAAGGUUGUUGCCCUCCUCAGUGUCACUGUAUUCGACUCUGUGUUCUUGUCUUCCUGUCCCUAGAGAUCCAAACUCAUUCUUAUUUAUUGAACACCUUUUUUUCAAACUCUUACUAAUGUGGAGAAAAAAUAUAUAAUAAUAGCCUGUGGGGAAGGAGACAUUUGUAUCGGUCUACUUUGCGGGGCUUUGUUACUGUAAAAAGAGAACAUUGCUGAUGUUGAUUAACAUUCAGAAAUGUUUUGGAGAAAUUAAAUUGCUUUAGGGGGAAGGACAAAUAAAUAGAAAUUCCCAAAUUGACGUAUUUUCGAAGGACCUCACUAGACCCCAGACUACAAUCUUCCACAAAAAAAACAGUGUUAUUUUAAUUUGUUUUAACCUUUUAAAAUUGUAUCAUUUGCCUUUAAAUUAAGUCUGGUAAAACAACAAUAGCAAAUGCGUUUUUAGUUUGCAGUUGAACCACCAGAUCUGUGCCGUGCCAGGGACCAGCGGUGGCAGCCCCUUUGGCACGCCAGCGGCCCUGGCCGGACAUUGGGGACUUGGGCGUCACCGGAAUACGAUGCCAUUUGUAACGCACACAAACAUAAAGGAAUAGUAAAAACCUGAAUGUUCUAGUUGGAGGGAAAGAAUAAUCCAUAUGAGUCUGUGAAGGGAUCGGGAAGGAGAACUGAAAAUGGCCUCUGUGGUGGACGUUAUUUGUCUUUCCAUAGAUGUGAGAAAUUGUAGAAUUACUCCAAAAGUAUCUUUUGUUGUUGCAUGGAUGGAUAUUUUUUUAAGAAUUAUAAUAUGACAUCUUUAUGACAACUUUGAAUGUGAGCUAUAAAACAUUUAUUUAAGAAAGGAAUGUUUCUCUGUGGUUUUUCUUGUCUCGUGUUUUUUUCCAUCUGUAGUGUGAACUGCGCGGGCCAUCUACCAUGUUGUCUCGCUCAUCAUCAGGCAAAUGAGCAGACAUCAUGAAGUAGAGUGUGUGAACUAUUUACAGGGUUGUUUUACAAAUCCUGCCCGGGGAUUAGUUCAGGGGUCACUUGGAGGGUGGUGAAAUUGACCAGCACCAUCCGGGUUGUGGCGGGGGUAAAU